GGAAGAGGGAGGCGGGCAUCCCUUCCCGCCAUUUCCUCCCCACCCACCGUUCCCUCGGCCAUCGCCACCACCCAACGACGCCCCCGCGCUAUAGAAUUCUCAUCAGGUCGCCUUCGUCUCCCCUACGGCUUCACAUCCCCAUCACCGUCAUCCUCUCCGGGGGGACGGACGCCGCUGCCCCUCCGCCGCCCCGUCGCCAUGGGCAACUGCUGCCCGGGCUCCGGGGAUGCGGAGCCCGCCCCCGCUGCCUCCGCCGAUCCCUCCUCCCACCUCCACUCCGGCAGCUUGUCCCUCAAGGCCGGCGCCUCGGCAGGCUCGGCGCCCACUCCCACAAAGCCGCCCGCGCCUAUCGGCCCGGUCCUGGGACGGCCUAUGGAGGACGUGCGCAGCAUCUACACUGUCGGCAAGGAGCUCGGGCGUGGCCAGUUCGGCGUCACCAGCCUGUGCACGCACAAGGCUACCGGGGAGCGCUUCGCGUGCAAGACCAUUGCCAAGCGGAAGCUCUCCACCAAGGAGGACGUGGAGGACGUGCGGCGCGAGGUGCAGAUCAUGUACCACCUUGCCGGGCAGCCCAACAUCGUGGAGCUCAAAGGCGCCUACGAGGACAAGCAGUCGGUGCACCUCGUCAUGGAGCUCUGCGCCGGCGGGGAGCUCUUCGACCGAAUCAUCGCCAAGGGCAAGUACACGGAGCGCGCCGCCGCGUCCCUGCUCCGCACCAUCGUGGAGAUCGUGCACACCUGCCACUCCCUGGGCGUCAUCCACCGCGACCUCAAGCCCGAGAACUUCCUCCUCCUCAACAAGGACGAGAAAGCGCCGCUCAAGGCAACUGACUUCGGCCUGUCCGUCUUCUUCAAGCAAGGGGAGGUGUUCAAGGACAUCGUCGGCAGCGCGUACUACAUCGCGCCGGAGGUGCUCAAGAGGAACUAUGGCCCCGAGGCGGACAUCUGGAGCAUCGGCGUCAUCGUCUACAUCCUCCUCUGCGGAGUUCCGCCCUUCUGGGCCGAAUCCGAACACGGCAUCUUCAACUCCAUCCUGAGGGGACAGGUCGACUUCACAAGCGACCCGUGGCCGCGCAUUUCGCCGAGCGCAAAGGACCUCGUCAGGAAGAUGCUCACCUCUGACCCCAAGAAGAGGAUCUCUGCCUACGACGUCCUCAACCAUCCUUGGAUCAAGGAAGACGGUGAAGCGCCUGACACGCCACUGGACAACGCUGUCAUGAACAGGCUCAAGCAGUUCACGGCAAUGAACCAGUUCAAGAAGGCCGCGCUGAGGGUCAUUGCCGGGUGCCUGUCAGAGGAGGAGAUCAGGGGCCUGAAGGAGAUGUUCAAGGGCAUGGACUCCGACAACAGCGGCACCAUCACCGUGGACGAGCUGCGGCGAGGGCUGGCCAAGCAGGGCACCAAGCUCAGCGAGGCCGAAGUGGAGCAGCUGAUGGCGGCCGCAGACGCGGACGGGAACGGGACGAUCGACUACGAGGAGUUCAUCACGGCGACGAUGCACAUGAACAGGAUGGACAGGGAAGAACACCUCUACACCGCGUUCCAGUACUUCGACAAGGACGGCAGCGGGUGCAUCUCCAAGGAGGAGCUGGAGCAGGCGCUCAAGGAGAAGGGGCUCCUGGACGGCAGGGACAUCAAGGACAUCAUCUCGGAGGUCGACGCCGACAACGACGGGAGGAUCGACUACAGCGAGUUCGUGGCGAUGAUGAGGAAAGGGACCGCCGAGCCGAACCCCAAGAAGCGGCGCGACGUCGUGUUGUAGCCUGUGUAGGAGCAUGCGUAGAGGUAGCUGCUGAUAUAUGGUAUGGUAUAUCGGAUGGUAAAAUGGAACGGCGUCCAGCAGUUGAUGCCAUUGCCACGACGGUGGUUGCUUGCACGCUGGUCGAGCAGCACAAGGCGCGCGCGGUGGUGGCAGGGAGAUGCGCGCACUCGGCUGCGAAUACGUGGAGAUGCUGGAGCAUGGAGGGGACAGAGACUCUUUGACAAUGUACGUAGCUACUAUGGGAUGAUGGAAUGGAAGGAUGCACGCAUACCUGAUCGACCGACCGAGGACCUGUGCUGGAGCCUCUGAACACACAGCAGCAGCAGCUGCUGCUGCUGUGUCUUGGAUCCGUAGGUAUGCUUACUGAUGGUUCGAGAAUUCGUAUGCGUAAAACGUGCAAUGGCCAUGGACUGUGUAUAUAUCCUCAGAUGUGUAAGUGUAAGUAACGUCGUAAAGGGAAGAAGAAAAAUAUAAUAUGAUGAGACAGUUUUUUUUUUCCUUCCCUUUGUAGCAUAACCAUUGGUUCGCGGUGAUCACAGAGGUAGAGAAGUAAUGCAGUAGACAUGCAUCUACACAUAUACAUACAUGGAAAACAGAUUA